UUCGCGAUUAUCGUUACUCAACUGUCAACUUUAACAGUAAAACGUUCAAAAGAGAAUAUACAGAAAGACCAGAAAGAAGCAAAACCAGAUAUAAAACUUCACAUCACUAAAGCGAACCGAGGCCUUCAAACACUUAAGAGUCGACUUGCUUGUUUUGCUUCUAAAUGACAGAUACAGCCCUAUGUAGCAGCAGUGGCAGCGCUGAGAGAGAGACAGGGAGUCCCAGGUGGGAUUCUGAAUCCCCAGAGCAGAGUGAUGGAGCCAUCCCAGCCACAUAGCCUCGGAGCUGGGCUGUGGUCGUCAGGAGCUCGUGUGAUGGUGACAUGCAAGAUGUAAAACAUGCAUUCAUCGCAAAGAGGCCUGUCGAGGACCUGUUAAGGCAAAGACGACACAACUUAUAUAAUUGUAUCUGUAUGAAAAAAUAAACAAGGACAAAACACGCCACCGAAGACACAGAAUAUUUCCACUGAAAAAUGCAGAAGUGACAUCCAUUGGCGGGAGGAACCUUCAACACUUAAAGAGACAGUAUUCAAGAGCCAUCUGAAUCAGCCUACCAUCCUCUUUGAAACACAGGAAGGGUCAUGACCCAGUUGCCAUGCGCAUCACCACGGUGACCAGCCUUCCUAGUCCCUCCCCCCUCCUCCUCUUAUUGGUUCAGCUGCUGUUGUGGCUCAUCAUCCCAGGCCGAGAGGCAGUCGGAGCUGCCUCCACCUGUCCAACGCCGUGCAGUUGUUCCAAUCAAGCUAGUCGAGUGAUCUGUACGAGACGAAACUUAGAAGAGGUGCCCGAUAGUAUAUCAAACAACACACGAUACCUCAACUUACAGGAGAACUCAAUACAGGUGAUAAAAUCAGACACAUUCAAACAUCUGCGGCACCUGGAGAUCCUCCAGCUCUCCAAGAACCAGAUUCGGCAGAUAGAAGUGGGUGCUUUCAAUGGCCUCCCAAACCUCAACACUCUGGAACUGUUCGACAACCGCCUCACGCUGGUGCCAUCGCAAGCUUUUGAGUACCUCAGCAAGCUGCGGGAACUGUGGUUACGAAACAAUCCCAUUGAGACUUUACCAGGCUACGCCUUUCACCGCGUCCCCUCUCUGCGGCGUCUUGACCUAGGUGAGCUCAAGAAGCUGGAUUAUAUAUCGGACGCAGCCUUUGUUGGACUCAUCAACCUGCGCUACCUGAACUUGGGUAUGUGUGGCCUAAAGGACAUCCCUAACUUGACUCCUCUGGUACGACUGGAGGAGCUAGAGUUGUCUGGGAACCGACUGGAAAUCAUCAGACCUGGAUCCUUCCAAGGCCUGGAAUCUUUGCGGAAACUAUGGCUCAUGCAUUCGCAGAUGUCGGUCAUCGAGCGCAAUGCUUUCGAUGAUCUCAAGAACCUAGAGGAGCUUAACCUGUCCCACAACUCCCUGCACUCUUUGCCCCAUGACCUUUUCACACCUCUGCAGAAGCUGGAGCGAGUGCACCUCAAUCACAACCCAUGGGUGUGCAACUGCGAUGUGCUUUGGUUAAGCUGGUGGCUGAAAGAAACCGUGCCGAGCAACACAACUUGCUGUGCGCGGUGCCACGCACCACCCUACCUUAAGGGAAAGUACAUAGGAGAGCUAGACCAGAGCCAUUUCACCUGCUAUGCCCCCGUCAUAGUGGAGCCGCCCACUGACCUCAAUGUGACCGAGGGCAUGGCUGCGGAGCUCAAGUGUCGCACCGGUACCUCCAUGACCUCGGUGAACUGGAUCACACCGAACGGCACCCUAAUGACCCAUGGCUCCUAUCGGGUCAGGAUUUCCGUUCUGCAUGAUGGCACACUGAAUUUCACCAACGUAACUCUGCGUGACACCGGCCAGUACACCUGCAUGGUGACCAACUCAGCUGGGAACACAACGGCAACGGCUGUCCUGAAUGUGACUGCAGCAGACGUCAGUGUUAACUACACCUACUUCACCACAGUCACUGUAGAAACUGUGGAGACUACGGGAGAGGAAGAUUCUGCAUUGCGUACCUUCAACGAGACCUUCAUCCAUAUUCCUGGGCCUACACCUUCUGGGCACCUCUGGCAUGAAGCUGUCCCCACUACUGCCUCUUCUCUCUCAAUCCUUGGCUCGUCGUCCUCUCCCCGAGCAACCAAACCCACUUUCACCGUCCCCAUUUCUGAACCCAACUAUCCCUCUGGACUAGACGACGUGAUGAAGACCACCAAGAUCAUCAUUGGUUGCUUCGUGGCCAUCACCUUCAUGGCUGCCGUCAUGCUGGUGGUGUUUUACAAGCUGAGGAAGCAGCAUCAGUUGCACAAACACCACGGGCCGGCACGAGCCAUUGAGAUCAUUAACGUCGAAGACGAGAUCGGAGCAGGAACGGGCAUCCGUGGCAGCGGCAUCUCAGGAGGGUCCACAGUACCGCAAGGAGGGUCUGGCGGAGGAGGACAGAGCUUGCGCCUGCACCACCCUGAAAUCGUCAACCUCCCUAACCUUGCGCGAGCGGAGCAUCUCAAUCAUUACUACAAGGCCCAUCACUUUAACAAUAACAUGAUGGGUCUGGGCCUAGGCUCGGGUGGAGGCCUAAACAAUAACAACAACCCUUCGCCCUGCUCCCAGGCCCAGACUACCCCUAUCUCUUGCACGCAGGUGCCAGUAUCUGCAGGUAGUACAUCAUGCUCCAUGCCUUCUCCAAUGCCUCUGCCGACCCUUGGCAUCCAUGGGUCACUGAAAGGCCUGAUGGGUAAAGGGCAGAACCCACAGAUUGAGCCGUUGCUUUUCAAGAGCGGCUCCAAGGAGAAUGUCCAAGAAACCCAGAUCUGAAGUUGAGAAAGAGAGUAAGGGAGAGAGGGAGAAUGGUAAAUGUACAGAUAAAAGAUGGAGAAAGAGUAUCAGGGAGACAGAAACAGAUGAAGGGUAUUGGCUGUUCAACCCCUAUGGGUAUGUUCUCAGGAGUAAUGAGAAAGGCAGACCCAGGAUUGUAUGAAAUAUUACCUACACAAGAAUACAAGAUACAGCUGUGAAAUCACUACCAAGUACAUGCGCUGGCAAAGAGCGGGGGAAUUUCUAGAAGGAAGACAGGCAACCACUCCGCAGUUUAAAUUCACAGUCUUUACGUUACUCUGAUCCACACGUGCGAAGGGGAUCAUCAGACGACAUCAGCAAACAAAACCACAUUUGCCAAUACGAUAUGAAUCGAUACAUUUUUGUGUAAUGCAAGAUCGAUAAUUAUGUGCCAAACUUGCACCAAUCUGUGCCAAAGCAAAAUCUUUGCACAUCAGCCUCACUACGCAUGUGUACAGGCACAUUUCAGAAGAUGAAAAGAUCUGCGCGUAUACUGUACACCACCGUAUACAGACCUCCAUCAAUAACGCAGAGAUGCUACAAAAAUCAAAACCAUACGCACCAUUAGGUAGGAAGUGUAUAUAGAAAUACAUGAACAACCUUAAGUAUUUAUGGACAGUGGCUGAGAACGAAAAAUCACGCGUGUAAGUGGUUUAGAGAACCGUAAAGCUCAGAUAACAAAAUGGAUCAUUAAGAUUUUGUAGAGGUUCGCAGUCCUACGAAGGAAAGAUGGAUUAGUAGACCAGCACUGUGUAGAGGGCUUAUGUUUCGUCAUGAUGGACUCAGUUUCUCCCCUUUCUCGAAGGCUCUCACAGUUGAGGGGAAGAGAGGAAAACGAACAAGAACUUAAAGCGCAAAAAGACAAUGAAAGAUAUACAAAUUUUAAGAGAAUAUAUAAACUAUGAAAGUAUACAUGAUAUAUAAAUAUAUUUUCAUUCAGAGAAAUAAAUUAUGAAGAAUCUUUACAUUUUUUUCUGACUGAAAGCCACGGCUUUUGAAGAAUUAGCAGCUGCUGUUGUAGCGCUUUGUCACUGAUAAUUCCUUUCUCUGCAUAAAAACUAAAACGUGUCUGAAACUGGUACACCUUCACAGGACUUAAGGGCAUCCUGAGGAGACGGAGGGCCAGGGAUGGCUAUUCUGGAAAUUGUGUUUGAUUUCAGAUACUUUGGCUUUGUUUUUUAAGUCUUAAAAGGUUUCCCUUUCCUGUUCUAUAACUAACAGGGUCAUUGAGGAGAAGUAAUUUUAAUUAACAUUAUAAAAACACUACUUUUGAUUCCGCAGGGCGUUUGAGAUUGGGUCGAUGUCGGUUAUCACCAUCACCAACAGACAAUAAUGAUGAUAGUAUGCAAUGCAAUGGAAAGAACAACACUGUAAACGUCGAUCUACAUGCUGCUAUAUUGAGAAAACAUAUUUUUAGUGAGAAGUUUUAGUAAAAUCCGAUUUGAAAGCUGAGGCUCCGGUUGACAUUACAUUACUACUACUAUCAUCAUUAUGGAAAAACGUCAAGUGUCAAAAAGCAUAGCGGAUUUAGUCGGUUUCUUUUUUUUUACCUAGAGGUGGUGUUUGUUUUUCAUUGUGUAAAAAAGUGAUUGUCGCUACAGCUGAUAAUCCCCUCUGGAAUAGCAGUGGACGUACUGACAAUGACAGCGAUUUGCUUGAAGCAUUACCAAGCCACAACAACAACAACAACUUCUCCAAACAAAGAAAGGGAUGGGCCUUAAAAUGGCUCCCUCAAUGGCCUGUCCCCUCGGUUUUGUACAAGACAAACAAACUUUACCAGGACCCUGCUUUUUUGCCAACGUGAAUCAGCGAGAUUCAGGACAGAACACAAACUCUGGCGAUUGCCGCAGGGCUAAAAUGGAUUAUUGCGAACACUGUGUCCAGACAUGUGGACGGAACUACUGUUUGAGCAGAAAGCGAACGGAGGACAGCUUUCGAAAGGUAAGAGAAAACCCACUCAGUGAGCGAGACUGGAGUUUGGAAAGCAUUUUUUAAAAAAAAUGAACAUGGACAAAUAAAUGACAACUAUAGAAACUUAUAGAGCUCUUUUAAAACAAAACUAUUAUGAUAAUAAGUGUCUUUCAUUAUUUGUUUUUAUCUAGUUUCUUUUCGUUUCGUUUCGUUUUUUCAAAAUCAAGUGUUAUCUUAAUUGUAAUAUUGUUAUUGUUAUUAUAAUUAGCUAAUAUUACACUCGUUAUAAUUAUGAAAAAUGUUCUGUUAGCAGAAGUCACUUCGAAAUUUAAAAAAAUAUAUAUAAAUAUAAAUAUAUAUAUAUAUAUAUAAAUAUAUAUAUAAAUGGCACACAAACUGGCAACUGAAAUUGUGAAACUUGGUGGCAUUGAUUUGUUCUAUGUUUUUGUCUUUUCUUUUUCUCAUGUAUUUGAGGUAUCACUGUAUGUAACCCUUAGAGCUUACGGCUUGGAGACAGUUCUCCCGAGAUGCAGACAGAAUGUGAUUUGGCUGGUGGUAGCGUUCUUCUCUGCAGAGGACGAGAUAUGAGAGAGAGGAAAGAGAGAGACCCGCUUUCUGAUACACGCUCGUUCUCAGAAUGUCACCCAUUAUCAGUGCCGAGAAGUGCGACUGUGCCGUGUCAACACCCUGUUGCCACGGCAACACGCCUUCGCACUAAUGUGCCAAACACUGUCAGAGCCAGGGUGCCAUCUUUGUGGGUCCCCGUGCCUGUGUUUGUCAAACCUUGUUAGCCUACAACACGUACAAAUAUCCACACGCGAGCACACCGCCGUGUCAAUUGUCAUCCGGCAUAUUGGCGCACCCAUACUCUGGCACGGCGUCCCAACAGGUUCCUAUGGUGAGGUUUCCCUGGCAACUGUUGCUGCUGCGACAGUCCCCAUCACGGCGUUCGGGUCUCGGAUGCAAAUGCGAGGACGUCGGUCGGAAAUUAGCUUUGAAAUUCGCAGCGAACCUUGAGUAGCAGUCAUCGAGAUGUCCGUAUCUAACACGCCAUUGAUCUUCCAUAGGCACAUCAUCCCCUGCGCUCGAAAAUUAACAUAUUCUCCCUCUCGCGCCGGAGAUUUGCAUAUGUUCAUUUGCUUCUCGAGUGAUUAACAUACACAUCUGUUUGUGUGUGUGUGUGCAUAUGUGUGUACCAGACAGUAAUCGCAUUACAUUUGUGCUCAAGGCAUAUGCUUUCUUUCCAAAGCAACUUACAAGAAAGUAUUGCCAAGCAGAUUGGUAGUGGGACAGGGCAGAGACUGUUAUAACAUAGCACAUAUCUCAUGAUCUUCACCCAGCCUGCAACCUCAGAUAUCUCUCGCUUCCUCAAGUCUUACGAACGCUGUGACAAAGGUAGGAAGACAGGAGCCCUCUCUCUCCCUCGUAGCACUGCGGUAUCUGAGUCACAGGGCCCAAAACACACACACUACUCGGCUCUCUCAUAAACACGCUUUGCAGAGAAAUACCCUGCCCACCAGCUGGUUAGGACUUAUGCAAAGAGCACCAGAGAAUGUGGUGUCGCGGGUUUCGGCUUAACCGUGCGUCUGUGUGUGAGUGUAUGACAACUAUGGAAAUGGCCAUUUCAGCUUUUGUACGCUUAUUUGAAGACAUCCAUGUAUUUCAACCAAUGUUUUUCAUUGAUAUCGUUUUUGUUGCCCUCUCGUGUGUGUGUGUGUGUGUGAGAGAGAGAGAGAGAGUGUUUGUGCGGAGCGAGUGUGUUUUACAAUAAGAGACUCUGUUGUCAUUGAGCGUGCACGUGGUGAGCUCUUGUGUGUGUGUGUUUGAGACAUCUGUGUUAUUUAGAGACUGUCGUGAGAGUCAGACAUCCAUUUUAAAUCCCCGGUUUAAAUCACUUUAGCGUAUUUUCCUAUGCUUCAGGCUUGUGUAUGAUCUUCUGAAUGAUGCUCUUAGCUAGAAUGGAGGAAAAAACAUCAGUUGGGAUUUUCCUUUCUAUUUUUUUUCCCCUCAUAUCCCAAUUGAGAAGUCAGGGGGCAGUCGUGCCAAUUUCCAACCGGUUGAAGCGGUGGGAGGUACUUCCCUAGUAGCGCUCGUGAUACAUAAUUCAGAAAUUCAGACGUGCGACAGUGGUCCCCGAUUUUUUGUGCGUUAAAGUUGCAGACGCUCAGGCUUUGACAGACAAAUCUAGGGCAGCUCUUGCUUUUGGGUGUUGGGGGUAAAUAUCUUAUUCUAGCGUUACUUCAAAGAUUUGUGUUUGGUCGUUUGCACUUUGGUCCUGGAUUUAUCAGCAGAAGGUCUAUAGCAUUGGUUGCUCGCAAAACCAAGUCGAACUCGCUUCUACUCACUUGAGAGUGUGUCGCCGGAAUAUCAAUUGCGUCCAAAUCAUACUUCAGCCCUACUGCUGGUGCUGGUCCAUUUCUAAAGCAGCUGUGAGGGAUGGUGUCAUUCUUCACAUAUAAAACUAGUUCAUUGUAAUUGUCAGGGCUAGACAGAACAGACAAAUCUUUCAUGGCAGGGUGUGGAUGUAGCUUGUGUCCCCAACAAACUCAGUUUUUACCAGAGUUGCACAGACCGUCACGGCGCUCUGACACCGAUGCUCCCAAUUGUGAGGAACAGCAUUGUGCAAUGGCAAAAAAGAACUUGUCAAGUAAAUUGAGUGUCUAGAUAUCAUUGGUAAAUCUAAACUUUAUUUUUCUUGCUCAACUGGCAAAUAAUAUUAAGCAUAAACCUUUUUUUUUAGUUUAAAACAAGAAUACAUGGGCCAUUCUACAAAAUUGGUCCAAACUGCUGUCCCACAACCAAAAACAUGUUUGAAAAGCAUUAAAGAUCCUUCUAUUAUCUAUUGAAACCCACAAUAGUAUUUAAAACAUCAGUAAGCUUAAUAUAUAUAUAAAAACAUAAUUUAUUGGGUAUUUUCAAUUGGGAGGUGACUGUCCUGAACCCUAACCCCUAAAUUUCAACUUAUGAAAAUGAUAUGGAAAUAAUUUUUGUAUUUUAUUUCACUGUUGUUUUUAAAAAUAUCUUUUUGAUUUUGUAAAAAAGUGAAGUUAAAAAAAUGUAACUUCACAUGUGUCCUGCAUUUUACGUCACUACCGAAAGAAUGUAUGUUUUUGUCCAUUGGCUGAGACUGAUUUCAACUACACCCCUACAUUUAUGAUCAGGAAAUGUCCCCCUUUUUCAUAGCUACAUGGUGUGCGUAGAUAGGUCCCAUCAUUUCGAGGUAAUUUGCUUUCAAAAGUCUGAAAAUCUGUGUGUAACUUUAAGGAACUUCACUACCGAACAUUUUCUGCAGUUAAGCACACUUUUUCAGCAAGUUAUUCAAUAACAUUUAGUUUUUAUAUGUGUACAACUGUUCUGAACUGUGCUAGCUAACCAUGUUCUGAUUAGCAUUUGGUGGUGUUUCAGUAGUGACAUCUUUUGUUUUUUGGGGUGUUAUUCCCUAAAAUUGUCACUACCGAAACAAUCACGACCAAAACAUGUCAUUAUUUUUUCGGUAGUGGCAAAAGGGAACACACAAUUCUUCAUUUGGGGGAAAUAAACAGUUAUUUUUUUUUUAUUAUUAUUUUAGUAUGUUUUAUUAGUGUUUUAGUAUGUGAUCAGUAUUCUGUAAUGUGAUGUGGUCGCUACCAAAGCAUUAGUCACUACUGAAAAUGUGCUGUCACGACCGAAACAUGGGAUGUUUUGUCAAAAAUAAAGUGUACUCAAUUAUCAACUAAGAUGUUAUGGUAGUGUUUGGUUCAGUGUAAAAGUUUGAAAAUCAGUAUGAUAAACUUUUUGUCUUUUACAAAGAAAAAUUGUAUUCAAAAUGCAACAAAUCAAAACAAAAAAAUUAAAAAAAAAAAAUGCAAGGAAAAUGUAAACAAAAUCUUAAUAGGUCAAUAUAACCCUUCUUAUUAAAUUAUAUAUUACUGUGUUUCGGUAGUGACAAAUUUGUGGAGGACAAAUAUUCCAAAACAUUCUGAAAGUACAGUAUGAGAAUUGACAGCAUAAUUACUAGAAAUGUGUACCUUGGAUAUUAUACAAUUUGCAUAUAUAUAAAAUUUGUGGUAAAAGAUACAUUUUUUUUCCAAGAUGUUUCCAACUCUGACUUUAAAACAAUUCUGUAAAAUGGCCCAUAUUUUCUGUACACAUUUGAAAGUUUGGUGUCAGUGAGAAAUGUUUUUAUUUAUUUACUUUUUUUUUUUUU